AUGCAUAGCCGUUCUCUGUUUCCUCGUUAUUCUAGUAACCCUAAAAAGCUUCAGAGAAAUAAACCGGAAGUUCGCAUUCUUCGAUCGAGAAUGGAUUCCGAAAUGGCUCAUGCAUCUCCAUUAUCAGAACCAUCACCUUCUGGUAAAGUUUCUGAUGUUGCAGCUCCGCCUUCUGCUAUCUAUGAGAAAGAAAGUAUGGCACAGGAUUCGGCUUCUAUGUUGCCUACAUCACCCAUGUCUUCUUCGGCCAAAAGCUUUAAACUUCCAGAAAUGCAACAGGAUUCACACACUGGAAAUUCUGGGAGGAUAACCUUUUCGCGACUAACCAGUGGGCUUGGAUUUCAACUGCCUUCAAAUGUGAAUGCCAGUGCUGAAAAGAAAUCUGCAACUGCACAAUCAGGCGUUCUUGGAACCUUCACCAAAGGUUUAGUUGAUACAUCUUUAAAUGCCAUGAAGGCUGUGCAAGUAAAGGCAAGGCAUAUUGUCUCACAAAAUAAGAGAAGAUACCAGGAGGGAGGAUUUGACUUGGAUAUGACAUAUAUAACUGAGAAUAUCAUUGCUAUGGGAUUCCCUGCUGGUGACCUGAGUUCUGGUUUAUUUGGAUAUUUUGAGGGGUUAUAUAGGAAUCACAUGGAGGAAGUGAUCAAUUUUUUUGAGACUCAUCAUAAGGGAAAAUACAAAGUGUACAACCUUUGUUCAGAGAGGCUAUAUGACGCCUCACUGUUUGAGGGAAAGGUUGCAUCUUUCCCAUUUGAUGACCACAACUGCCCUCCUAUUCAUCUUAUAAAAUUGUUUUGUCAAAGUGCCUACUCAUGGUUGAAGGAGGACAUUGUAAAUGUGGUAGUUGUUCACUGUAAAGCUGGCAAGGCAAGGACGGGAUUGAUGAUAUGUAGUCUUCUUCUAUUCUUAAAGUUUUUCCCCACAGCUGGGGAGUGCAUUGACUAUUAUAACCAGAAAAGAUGUGUAGAUGGAAAGGGGCUUAUUCUCCCAAGCCAGAUUAGGUAUGUAAAAUAUUUUGACCAAAUCUUGACUCACUUCAAUGGUGAAACGCCUCCAGGACGUAGGUGCAUGCUAAGAGGAUUUCGACUUCACAAGUGUCCGUAUUGGGUUAGGCCUUCCCUCACUAUAUCGAAUCAUAAUGGAGUUCUGUUUUCAACAAAAAAGCAUCCAAAAACAAAGGAUCUCAUGCCAGAAGAUUUUUGGAUUCGUGCACCGAAGAAGGGAAUUGUGGUUUUUGCUCUACCGGGGGAACCUGGUCUAACAGAAUUGAUGGGGGACUUCAAAAUCCAUUUUCACGAUGGCCAAGGAGAUUUUUACUGCUGGUUAAACACGACAAUGAUGGAAAACAGAAUCAUUUUAGAAGGUGCCGAUCUAGAUGGCUUUGAUAAGAGAAAGUUGCCAUCCCCGGGGUUUCAGGUUGAAAUCGUGAUGAUUGAUUAUGACGGUACCAUCCCAUCACAGGUCAAACCUGAUCAGAACACCAAGAGUGCCGAUGGAAGAUCGAGAAAUGCUCCUUCCUCGAGUAACGAAAACAAUGCUAAUUCUGAACAGAGUAAUGCCUCCGGGAAACAAAACAAUCAAGAUGAUGUAUUUUCUGACAGUGAAGGCGAGGAAAGUAGUUCUUCAAGAACCACCAUAGGUCACACGUCCUCCGCUGCAAAAACUGCAACAUAUAAUGACUCUGGUAACUCUAUCGAGAGAAUGUCAGCCAUGACAAAUCAGACCGAACAGCUCUCUCUGGGAAACAAAGAACCCACAAAUUCACACUCUAAUGCUUCCAAUCAAGUUAAAAUUGAUGGGAUUGAGAGAACUUCUAUUCCGAACCUGGAUUCCAACGUUAUCAAGGCUAUUGCUGCAGAUGCUUCUGUUUUUGGUUUUGGAGACGAUGAAGAUUACGAGAGUGAAUAA